UUUAUUUAUUUAUUCAGAAAAUAGAUGGAUUUGAAGGUGAGAGGAGUAAACUGAUUAAUGUCAUUAUUUUGGAGUGUCAUUCGUCAACUUGCAGAAAUUGAAGCCAUGGCAGCUACUUCAAAGAAGUUUAUAACACGGAAUGAGUGGGAGAAAAAGCUUAAUGAUGUAAAAAUUCGAAAAGAAGACAUGAACAAGCUGGUUAUGAAUUUUCUUGUCACCGAGGGUUAUGUUGAUGCAGCAGAGAAGUUCCGAAAGGAAUCUGGCACAGAGCCAGAUAUAGACCUUGGAACCAUUACAGAUCGUAUGGCAGUUAAGAAAGCAGUGCAGUCGGGGAACGUUGAAGAUGCUAUUGAGAAAGUUAAUGAUUUGAACCCUGAGAUUUUGGAUACAAAUCCCCAGCUAUUUUUCCACCUGCAGCAGCAAAGAUUGAUUGAAUUGAUUCGGAAUGGAAAGGUUGAAGAGGCUCUGGAAUUCGCCCAGGAGGAGCUUGCUCCUAGGGGAGAGGAAAAUCAAAGCUUUUUAGAAGAGUUGGAGCGAACAGUUGCACUACUGGCUUUUGAAGAUGUGAAAAAUAGUCCUGUUGGAGAUCUUUUAGACAUAUCACAACGUCUAAAAACUGCAAGUGAGGUCAAUGCAGCAAUCCUUACAAGUCAAAGCCAUGAAAAAGACCCAAAGCUGCCAAGUUUAUUAAGAAUGCUUUUGUGGGCCCAAAAUCAGCUUGACGAAAAGGCAGCUUAUCCACGCAUAACUGAUCUUUUCACAGCUACUCUUGAAGACCCUUCUGUUUGACUCAGAUCAAAUAUUCACUACAUGAAAAAUGACGGAACAAAGAGCUUUGUGAAACAGAAACUUGGGGUUAGUAAUUGAGUUGAAAAUGUUAUCAUGAUGUGUUGCAAUCUUGAAAAGUUAAUUAAUUAUAAGGGGUCCAUAUGUUUUAGAAUGAAACCCUUCUGGGAUCUCUUGUAUAAUAAAGGAGUUGUAGCAUGAUGGUUGAAUGUGAAUGAAUAGUCUUUGUUUUUGAAUCA